GCAUGAACAAUAUAGGAUUCGAGAUUCUCACUAUAGUGUUUAGUCAUUUGUACAAGACAGAUGUUGCACAAUGCCUUUUUGUUUGCAAAAGCUGGAAGGAAGCAGGAUUACCUUUUGUUCAUAAAGACCUAACGUGGACCUCUAGACAGGUUACUCGUUUAAAGAAGCGAAUGAAGCUACGUCCCAUUACCCGUGAUCGCUAUUUCAAACAAGGCAUUUUAACAAAAACACUCAGAAUCGAUCAAGAUCACUCUGACUAUCUUACAUACGACACAGAAAUGGACACUUACGAUAAACCAGACCUUAGCUAUGCCUUUGACAAAAAAGAUUGGCUAGCGCUUUUGAAAUACUUACCAAACCUAGAAGUUUUAGACUUCAGUGAAAGUGCUAACGGCAACAGAUAUCUUCGCUAUAUCAAAGAUGCAGAUACCAACAUUUUGCCCAAAAUUCAAGUCAUGCUCAACGAUGAAUAUGCACCCAGCAUGUUCGGGAAUGCUGAUAACAUUUAUCUCGGUGCCUGUUAUAGACACCGUGCAACAAUCACUACUCUUUAUAUAAAUUACAGACAGUCAGUUAUUGGUAUGGGCUCUAUAAACAUUCAAAUGCUCCCUUUGUUAAGAGAAUUCAAUAAUUUGACGCAUCUGACAUUCCAUAACAAAUGUGACGACCAGUUAACUACGUUUGACAUUCAAGAUGCUUGUCCUCACUUGAUUUUGCUUAAAUACAGAAGCAAAUUUGGCAUUCCAGAUUUCAAAGUUAAAGCAAUUCUUGAUGAACCGGACCCAGAAAAAUUGGAUCACAAACUGGUGGAAAUGGAGAUAGUCGUUCCAUCUAUAACAAAGAAUUAUGCCAAAUAUAUCAUAAAUUAUAUUUCUCCGUAUGUGGAUAGACUGGUGCUUAUUAUGAAAGGAGUGGAUUUAUAUGAUUGGAUUCAUGAAAUUGGCCACGACACUGUAUUGGAUCUUCUGCGCAGCUUUAACACUACGACAACCUCUUUCAGUAUUAGUUGGCUCCCCGGCAAGAAUUACGAGAGACAUUCUAUUCACGAUGACUCUGACACCACUAUAUUUUUCUCAUUGCUUCAUGCCCUGAGAGGCAACAAACGAAUGUUUUGUAACGGCGAUUAUGGAGAUAUGAACCCAUUACACAAAUCCAUUCAAUACACUCCAGAAAAUGGCCUACAUGUGAAAUACGGCUUGGGUUAUUUUGAUUAUUGCUUCCAAACCUUGCAAAAUACUGGUGUAGGUACUGACACUGACCCAUCGAAUCGCUCAAUCCUGGUUGCUUUACCAAAUAAUUUGGUUUCUACUAUCGGUCCAGAAAUUAUACAUAGUUUGCAGAUAGAAAUGCGCGACCGUGAUCCUGCUCUACAUAUGAAUUUUUUGCAGUAUGCAUUGUCAAAUUGCCCGAAUCUUCAAUACUUUAAUUAUUAUUCGAUUAAUUGUGGCCAUCAUAUUUUGCUUGGUCCAGACACCAAAGCUCGCCGAUAUGGUCCGAAAAAUAGGAACAGUUUGACAAACACAUUAAAAGAAAACAUAAAGGCGAUCAAAAUACGGAACAUGCUUCCAUCAGAAGAACUGGUACAUCUUAUACGCACAUAUAUGCCUGAUGUCAAGACACUUGUAUGUGGUGGUAAACCACCUUCUAUGGAUCAAGCGACUUGUAUCAAUGUAGACUUGACAGAGCUCCACCACUUGAAUUCGAUUUAUCUAGAUGCUACUUGCUUGGAUGUCCGUAUGACUCAUACAGUGUUUAUGGGGAUUCAAUGUUAUGGGGGAGUUCAUACUUACUACAGCCUGGGAAUAAAAAAGAAUAGAUGUACUAUCGAUUCGAUCCCUUUGGAUUAUAUGGAACAACAGACAAGGAGAGAAGAUAUAAAUACUCGAGCGACCAUUUUUCAAUGUGACAGGCGUGAUAUCAAAUUUGUCGUUUUCUAUGGGUAUGAUAGAAUUGCAGAGAUCGUAAAUGGACAGCUUGUUCACUUAAGAAAGACUGAGUAUAAUGACUUUGGCCUCUUCUUGUAAAGACUAUCCAUGUGAAUUAGAUUCUGAUAUAGGAUUCCAGAACCCUCUUUAAAAUGAGUAAAUGUUUGUGAAAUAAAAGAUUUAACCUCAUUGGGAAUAUCAGUUA